AUGGCAUCGACACUAAUUUUCGGGGCGACAGGACUUGUGGGCUCGCACAUUGUCCAACUCCUUCGAGCGGGCGGCCCCUCGACUUUCUCCAGCAUCGAAGUGGUCGGCAGACGCCCUGUGCCCUCUUCCGCCGAUGCCAAAGUUGAAGUCAAAGAAUUUGUUGAAAAGGACACCACCAAAUGGGUACCCCAUGUCGCUUCCCUGUCUCCUCCACCGAACACUCUGUUCUCGGCCCUUGCCACUACGAAAGGCGCAGCCGGCGGUUUCGAGACUCAAUACAAGCUGGAGCAUGAUCUCAACAUGGAGUUAGCCAAGGCAGCCAAAGCAGCGGGUACCAAAACCUAUGUCUUGAUUUCAGCUGCCGGUUCCAAUUCCAAGUCCAGCUUUGCAUACGUGAGAAUGAAAGGCGAGAUCGAGGAGCAUAUCAAAGAGAUUGAUUUCGACCAUACCAUCAUCGUCCGGCCUGGAUUGAUUGUGGGUGAUCGACAAGAAAGCCGUCCGAUGGAAGCCCUAUACAGAUCAAUCGCCACUGGUCUGGGCCAUCUGUACAGUGGACUCAAGGACCCUUGGGCUCAAGACGCCGAUGUCAUCGCGAAGGCGGCUAUCUUGGCUGCGGUCAGAGUGGGGAGUGGUGAGAUCAAAGACAAAGUCGUUAUUGUCGGACAGCACGACAUCAUUCGUCUAGGCAAGAAGGAGUGGCCUAAAUCCUCUUGA